AUGAACACGGACGUGCAACAGGACUGCUUGAAGUCCUUGUCCACUACACUUGCACUGAUUGAUCAGUUUCAGAAGUCUUUGGAUUCAAACAAGAGCAGUGAGCGUACAGCAACGGCGAGCGGAGACCACCCGCCGUCGUUGUCUCUGCUCAGAGCAGCUGCAGAAUCGCUAAAGUCCACCACGACUAAGCUCUCUCUGUUGUGUAUCACUCCUCCUUUUACCGAGUCAGCCGUGAAGCCAUUACUGAAGGAGCUGAAUAACUCUACCCUGCCGUCUCUUGUGACCGCGACCUUGCUCGUAACACCUGCUAAGUUUCCUGACUCAUUUGCAGCAGAAACCCGCCGUGUAGCCAGUUCCACGUUGUCAGAAUUAACUCCGCUACUCGCACUAAUACAGCAGAGGGCUCAAGAUGGAAAGCCAAAGUCCGAACCGAGCAAAUCCGAGAAACAAGCAGUAACGGAAGCCACAGGCCGAAUCUGGGAGAAAUGUGAUGAAGCCAUCAAGUUUGUGAGCGAUGGCAUACCGGGCUUUGUUAUCAAGAAGGCGGAGCAGUGGUUGGCACUGAUGAAAGAUGCGGUACAAGAACUUCAAGACUGGGAUCCCGAAGAAGAUGUAGACGAAGACGUAUUCGGCUUAGCAGGCAGUGACGACGAAGAAGAUUCCUCCACAUUCACUGGCAAGGGAAAAGACAAAGAUCAAGCUACCAUAGCAGCUGGUGUCAAAGACCAGGUAUCGAAAGUCUUGUCACGGGUACCACAAAGUAUACACGUGGUUGUCAAGCAGAGACUGGCAAAAAUGCCGGCGAAUGUAAGGAGAGGAGACAAAGAAUUAAGCUCGAAAGACAAGCAGACAUUGAACAGCAUCACGAAGAAUGUGCGGAAUAUUUCAGAGUGUAUAGACGAGAGCGUGGAAGCCAUGUAUAUGGGCAAUCCGGAGCUAUGUCUAAAGAAAGCUGGUGAAGCUCGAGCAUUGACGAUUGAGGUCGUGGUGUCAGUCGUACCACCUUGGGAAUCACCGACGCCUGGUACAGAACCAACGAAAGAAGAUAUGUUUAUCAAAAGAGCCCUUGCCUGGAUUGAACAACAAACCUUGACAGAAACCAUCAUCGAAAAAAUGGAAGACAGACUGUCUGCACCACUGCCACUUUUGGCUCUAGACUCGGACACGGUCUCUCUAAGAUCAGUGUCCUCUUCUACAGGUCCCUUCACAACACCAGGAGAAGCAACGGAUGACACCGAGCUAGUCAUUCAUUGGCAGGCUGCUGAACUACUCAAUCGCAUCAAUAUCGAUGCAUUGCUACACAAAGUACCCAAACUUGCUGGCUCAGAUUGUGAGAUCGAAAGAGUGCCCGUCAUCAAAUCAUAUAUGAAUGUGCUUCUUCUGUUACAAGAAAAAGACACCGACAAGCAAUGGAUUACCAGAAUACCUUAUUGUCAAUCAGACCGCGACUUUCUCAUCGAUCAGGUCGAGCCUCUGAUCCGGGUCAAUAGGAAGUUCUCGUUUCGAGUUCCAUAUCUUUAUCAUUACGGACUAGCCCAAGACCCUGAAAACGAACUUCGCGUGGAUUUUAUGCUACUCGAUUUUAUCGAUGGCAGACAGAUGAAGAUGUGGACGGAGUCCUUUCCUGCAUGGGAGCAGAAACGACAAGUACUUGAACAGAUCGCUGAAAUUUACUUGGAGAUGUUUUCGAAACCUGUAAUAUACAAGGAUCGACUCGUUCUCAAUAAUGCGAACAACAUUGAUGGUAUGCAAGAAGAUUUCGACAACUUCGAUAUACCACCCACCAUGACAGCUUCUUCAUACUUGCAUCGCCUUGCGGAUAAGGCUAUCCGAGGCAAGGUCGAGCGAUUACUGGCGUCGAAUGCAACUGAGCGCACUCAAGAGCUGCGGACCACGAUGCAGUCUCGCUUAAUGGAUCUGCUGAUAUUGCUGCUAAUGAGAGCCCUCAUUCCGACUCAAAUUGUUGGAAAGUACAAUGACUCGUACUUCUACAUCACACAUCCGGAUCUGCACAACCGCAACAUCGUCAUCGAAGGUAACCAGGCUGGUGAAGAGGUGAUCCCGGACAUUCGGGCAAGAGGCUUCUCAACUAGCGAAAGCCCUAAGCCUCAGAUUCACCUUCCGCACAGACGUACAGUGAGUUUUGAGACGACUGAAAGAGCAAAGAAAGACAAAUUGAAGGUUGCUGGCAUUGUCGAUUGGGAUGCUGCACAUCCACUACCACUACAGGCUGCAGCCAUCUAUCCGAAGUUCCUGGAGACUCUACCCGGUGCUGAGUUCCCUGAUCUACCAGACAACUACGUCGCACCUGAUAUGACCAUGGAAAAGGAAACCUUCGUAGCAAUGCUCAAACGCAAAGAGCAAAAGAACACCGGAUGUACUACUGUGGCUGAUUUAAUAGUAAAUGGCAGCUGGGAGCGGGACUUCUUCACUGUCGCCCUACGAAGAGGAGACGUCAGAGCAAAGUGGUUUCCUUGGUGGAAGAUGCAGGCAGCAAAGCAGAAUCCGAAGAACAGCUUUGUACAAGAAGAGCCACGCUUGGAAGAUAUUGACAACAUCCGCACUGGCUUGCAAGGUUUCUUGGCUAAUGCUCAGAAUUCCUCCACGGUCCAACAGCACUCCGGCUGGCUUUUGAUAUGGAGAAUCGUUAGUGAGCUAGAUCGCCUUGAGGCUCUGGCGCAGGAAACGUGCUGGAUGCCUGCUGCGAAGAAAUGGGCAGCCGUUAAGACAACUGGAUUGAAGAAUCUAGUCACAUCUCCUGUCGCUGAUAUGAUCUCUCAGUGGGAGAGAGGAAUGCCAGGCAGUCUCGAGGCACCGCCACUCCAGCUCAAAACUACGAGCGAACACGACACAGUGGAUAGCUACACCAACUUCGUGCUGGGUGCAGAUGAGUAA